AUGGAGUACAUACAACCCAACCACAUUUACUCGCGCAUAUUGGACAACAUUCCCUGGAAGUCCGCAGAUCCAUCGGUGAAAGGUGAUCCGCGGAAAAGUGUGAAGUGGAUUGAUGGCCUCCGAGGAAUCGCCUCAUUCCUAGUUAUCCUCACUCACCUUGCCCGAGCCUGGGAUUAUGACCUCUUCGCCCCCCGCGACGAUGUUGACACCCCUCCCCGAAUUCUGCAGUGGCCCGUCUUCCGUAUCCCUUGGCAGGGCCGUUUGGGUGUCACCAUCUUCGCCUUCUUGACUGGCUACGUUUGCGCUCUCAAGCCGCUCAAACAGUCCCGCAAUGGCGAUAUCCUUGGAUCCUUUACAUCGGUUGGCAAGAGUGCCUUCCGCCGCCCACCUCGCCUCAUCUUCCCUGCCACCAUCGCCUUGAUCAUUUCAUGGGUCAUGGCACAGUUUGGCGCCUUCAUUGCCGCUAAUCGCUCCGACUGUUGGUGGUGUCGUUACGCAGCCGUCGAUUUGGCGCCUACUUUCUGGGAGGAGUUCGUUCGGCUGUUCAAGACCUUCCUUGAAGUUUGGACCACGGGCUAUAUGGCGUACGAUGACCACCAGUGGGCUUUACUCCCGCUGCUUCAGGCAUCGAUGUUAAUUUACGUCCUUAUCUGCGCAACGAUGUUCUGCAAGUUCCGAUUCCGUGUCGCCAUCUACGUGGGCAUGUACCUCUACUUUCACCAGAACGCUGCUAAAAACACUGAAACCUUCCAAAUGCAGGCAGUCUACGGCAUGUUCCUCAGCGAUCUCUCAUAUGAGAAUGGUUUCAAAGAAUUCGUCGAACGCCACCGCUGGGGCCGCAAGAUCGUAGCAGGCAUCCUUCUCUGCCUCGGUCUCUUCAUCUGCUCAUACCCCGGUGAACACCCCGAAUGGGCCACAUGGUCGACCUACAUGGAACAAGCCUCGCACUACCUCUUCCCCCGAAGGUCAACGUCGGAAUUCCUCUCCAGCCGUCUCCUCCUUUGGCUCGGCAAGCAGAGUUUCGCCGUUUACCUCGUGCACGGCACUCUCCUCCGCACCGUUCUGUGCUGGAUGCUUUACGGAAUCACCGGCCAGCCUUGGGACGGUGACAUUGUCGAUGAAAAGGGUAACCCGAUCUACGGCGAGGACGGCGAACCUCUUCACCCGCAUUGGAUCCCCAUUCGCGCCCCUUGGGUCGUGGCUAUUAGUAUCCCAGCUUGGAUCGUGUUGGUCUACUUCUGCGCCACUUUGUGGACUGGCUAUGUUGACCCCUUCUGUGCGCGCAUGGCGCAAAAAUUGGAGAAGUGGAUGUUCGAGGAGGGUGAUCAAGCUCCACCCCCGCUGCCUAUGACUAGCAUUCCUAUGCCGACAGCUUAA